UGCGCUUUGGCCGGUCGGGGGAGAUGCCGUCGGUUGUGAAGGUGGUGUGGAGGGGCGGUGGGUCUGCGCAGCCCGAGCAGCCGGCACACUACACGUAUCUAAAGGAAUUUAGGACAGAGCAGUGCCCCCUAUUUUUGCAGCACAAGUGUACCCAGCACAGACCAUUUACCUGUUUUCAUUGGCAUUCCCUAAAUCAGCGUCGUCGUAGACCUGUACGAAGGCGUGAUGGGACUUUUAACUACAGUCCAGAUGUUUAUUGUACAAAAUAUGAUGAGACUACAGGAAUCUGCCCAGAUGGAGAUGAUUGCCCAUACCUUCAUCGGACAACAGGCGACACAGAAAGGAAGUACCAUCUCCGAUAUUACAAGACUGGAACAUGCAUUCAUGAAACAGAUGCCCGGGGUCCCUGUGCAAAGAAUGGAAUUCACUGUGCAUUUGCUCAUGGGGCACAUGACCUUAGACCACCAGUAUAUGAUAUAAGAGAACUUCAGGCACAGGAAACCUUACAGAAUGGACAGCUAGGAUGUGGUGAAGGCCUUCCAGAUCUGCAGCCAGGAAAUUUAACAAGCCAGGCAAUGAUUGAGAAGAUCCUUAGUGAAGAUCCAAGAUGGCACGACACAAAUUUUGUAUUAGCUGGCUACAAGACAGAGCAGUGUACCAAGCCACCCAGACUCUGCCACCAGGGGUAUGCAUGUCCACACUAUCACAGUAGUCGAGAUAGAAGACGAAAUCCCAGAAAAUUCAAAUACAGGCCCACUCCUUGCCCCAAAGUAAAACAUGCAGAUGAAUGGGGUGAACCUUCAAGGUGUGAAAGUGGGGAUAGCUGUCAAUAUUGUCAUUCUCGUCCGGAGCAGCAGUUUCAUCCUGAGAUAUAUAAGUCUACAAAGUGCAAUGACAUGCGCCAAACAGGUUACUGCCCACGUGGUCCAUUUUGUGCAUUUGCACAUGUUGAAAAGGACACCAUGAAUGUAGUCAUACUGCAAACUGGCUGUCAAUCAAAGCCAGGCGCUCACCUGUUUUCAACAGACAGCAUAGGAAUUGCAAAUGAAUGGAGCAGCAGUCUUAACUCCACAAACAGCAUUACAAAUAGCAGUGGGCAGCCUGGAAAUAUUUCCUGUUCUUCAAGUCCAACUGUAACAUCAAGUUCUGGUAGCAGUAGUUCUUUAUCUCCCCUUGGACCUCUUUGUAGACAGAGAUCAUUAGCAAAUGGCGUUUUGUGUUCUGAGUCUAGCACAUCAGGUGUUUCUUCACCGACAUGCAGCUAUCCAAAAGCACCAGGCUUUGAGCGAGAAGAUCAGGCAAAGCAUCGAAGCUUCCCAGCUGAGAAUCAGCAGAAAUCAAAUGAGCAAAACAACAAGCAGAACCAUCUCAGUGUUUUUUCAGCCAUUAACCCACUUUCUUCACAUAUAACUUCUAGUCUGGCCUCCAGUGUUGGAUCAGAUUGUUCAUCUCCCAUAGCUGUCCCUUCUAUUAGUGCCAAAGCUCUCCCAUUCUAUUCUGGCAGUAACAAAGUUGAACCAGUAGUUGGUUCUGCUUUAGAUUUGCAUUUUAAUGAUGUGAACGUUGCAUCUGUAAAUAGAGACUUAGAAGAUCAAAAAGGCAGUGACCUUGGAUUAACAAGUCAAAGAUUACUGGGAAGUUCAGCACCUGUCAGUAUUCCAGGUUCUCUUGUUCGUUCCUCAUCUUUACAUUCAUCAUCAUCCCUUUCAAAUUCUCCACUCAGUUCUCUUUCACAAUCGCUGUCUCAGUCUUUUGUUUCAUCUGCUACGGCUCCUUUCCACCAGUUGCCUUUGAAGACAGAACAUAGCAUGUUAGGCACCUCUGCCUCUUCUCACAACUCUUUAGGUUUAAAUGGUGUUACAGGGAGCACUUGGGACUUCAUAACUGAGAAUUUCUCUCCUAGUCCAUCCCCAGUGCUAAGCAGUGGCACUACCCCCUCAGUAAGUUCAAACACAACUGGGAAUGAACUAACUCAAGUUAGACAGGAACUUGAUGAUGCCAAGAGAAAACUAAAACAAUGGGAAGAAUCUUGGCAACAGGUAAAACAGGCAUGCGAUGCAUGGCAGAAAGAGGCUCAAGAAGCAAAAGAACGUGCUAACAUUGCAGAUGCAGACAAACAGCUAGCUCUUCAGAAGAAGGAGGAAGUGGAAAGCAAAAUAAAAAAGCUAAAGGCACAAUUAGCUGCUUGUCUGUGUACUACACUGCCUUAUAUGAAAAACUGUGGCGAUAUAGAUAAGAUACCCUUGCCAAAGCUUCGUUCCUUACAAAAUCGGCUGCACUCAGGUUUAGAAACAAUAGACAAGGUGAUUUUUCAGCUUCAGUCAAAGAAGUGUAUCAUAUGUCAGGAAGGUGAUCGUAGCGUUAUCCUGAAUCCACGUCAACAUUAUGUACUUUGUGAUCACUGUGCAGCUGCACAAGAGGAAUGUCCCUGCUGCCAGAAAAAAAAUAAUCUGUGGUAACAUACGUGCACAGUACUCCUAUCACGUUUAUGAAUUAAGUAAUUUUGUGGGUUUGUAUUUUGUAUAAGAAUUAUAUUACUCAUAAUUAAUCAAUUGAGUAGUGCUAGACUGAUUUCUAUUUUGAUGUAAGAAACUUAGUUGCUUUAAAAUAGAGAAUAAGGCCUGCUGACCUUUACACAUCAACUCCAGUCAUUUGAUGAGGUUCUAUAGUCUUGGGUUUUUUUCAUUCCCCCUCAAACCCAUUACAGCCUUUUCUGACCCACUUACAUUCCUAGUGCACAAGCUACUUAGGUUCAUUUGCACUGUAAUCACUAUGAAUUUUUCUGUCAUGU